AUGCCGGAAUACUGUGUAACAGGUGGAACUGGGUUUAUAGCGGCCUACUUGGUCAAGUCCUUGCUUGAUAAAGGAUACACUGUACGGACCACAGUGCGUGACCCAGGCGAUAUUGGAAAGGUUGGUUUUCUUGGGGAGCUUAAUGGAGCCAAGGAGAGACUGAAGAUUUUUAGAGCUGAUUUGCUGGAAGAAGGCAGCUUUGAUGAGGCUAUACAAGGUGUUGAUGGGGUCUUCCACACUGCAUCACCGGUGCUUGUUCCUUCUGAUGAUAAUAUUCAGGCAACAUUGAUAGAUCCAUGUAUUAAUGGCACCUUGAAUGUGCUAAAUUCCUGCUCGAAAGCGACUAGCGUGAAACGAGUUGUCCUCACCUCUUCCUGCUCUUCAAUAAGAUACCGUGAUGAUGUCCAGCAAGUUUCUCCUCUUAGCGAGUCACAUUGGAGCGAUCCCGAAUAUUGCAAACGCUACAAUUUUUGGUACGCAUAUGCAAAAACUAUAGGGGAGAAAGAGGCUUGGAGAACCACAAAGGAAAGUGGUAUUGAUCUUGUAGUGGUGAAUCCCUCCUUUGUAGUUGGUCCACUGCUUGCACCACAACCAACCAGUACACUGCUCUUUAUACUGGCCAUCGUUAAAGGUUUGCGAGGCGAAUAUCCAAACAUGACGAUUGGAUUCGUGCAUAUAGAUGACGUGGUUGCUGCUCACAUUUUAGCGAUGGAGAACAAGGAAGCAUCUGGCAGGCUAAUAUGUUCAAGCUCAGUAGCUCACUGGUCAGAGAUCAUUGAGAUGCUCAAGGCCAAAUAUCCAACCUAUCCAUAUGAAAACAAGUGUAGCAGCCAGAAAGGAGACAACAAUCCGCAUAGCAUGGACACCAGUAAGAUUGCAACUUUAGGGUUCCCUCCUUUCAAAACACUUGAAAAAAUGUUUGACGACUGCAUCAAGAGUUUCCAGGAGAAGGGAUUUCUGUAA